UCUCUCUUCCGUUCGCGGGAAGUGAGUGUUUUUGCCAUCAGUUACCGUAUUUCUGUAUUAUUAAAUACUCUGAGUAAAUGACUAUUUAUUUACCUGUGUAGUGAUUUCAUAGCGAGUAUAUGACUGGAAAAAAUAUUAUUUUAGCUUUGGAAAUUUAAGAGAAUUUUUUUUAGAAGUGAAUCCCUAAUGGUGCGGCAUGUGAUCAUCCACGGAGCUUGUUUACAUUAAUUGAUAAUGAAUUAAUUUGAUUUUAAGUUAUGGCUGAGAGUGAAAACUCGGUAGCACCUGAUCUUUUUAAAGGUCUAAAAUUCUGUUUGCUUGAUGAUGGAGAUACUGUUGACAGAAUCAAAGCAGUCCUUCUUGAGGGAGGUGGAAGUCAUAAUAGUUACCUAUCUGAUAUGGUGACUCAUGUAAUCUGUGACAGUCCUGAUAAUCCAGGAGUUAGUGAAGCUCAGGAACUGUUUGAGAAGCCUGUUGUCACGAGUCGCUGGGUAUUGUUAUCUGCAAAAUGCAAUAAGCUGCUGCCCUUAGCAGGAUUUUCUCCAGUCAAAACUCAACUAUUUUCUGGUCUUGUUUUCUGCCCUUCUCAGAUUAGUGUAGAAGACAAAAAAAAGUUAUGGGCAAUGGUAACAUUUUACGGAGGCACUUUUCAGUUGAAUUUUUCAAAUUCUUGUACUCAUUUAGUGGUGGGGAAACCUGAAGGAGAAAAAUUUGAAAAGGCUUUCCAAAAUCCCUGUACAGUAAAAAUUGUCACACCUGAUUGGGUUUCUGAUUCUGUGCGUAAUGGAAGUCUUUGUGAUGAAGAUCUCUAUCAUCCAAGAUUAUUAAUACUCCCAGAACCGGAACCACCUGAUAUACCAUCACCAAGUUCUCCAUCUUUAGCUUCCACUCUUAUUUCCCUUGACAAAAUAAAUAUAGAUUCAAAUAUUCAAUCAGUUCCACAAUCCACUUCUGAGCAGAUAUUUUUACAAAAUUUUCCUCGUCAGUUAAAAGCUGCAGGCUUUGAAAAUAAGGUUCGAGAUAUUCUUGGAAAUUUACCUGAAGUCAUUAAUAUAAAGUCAGAGUCAAAUACUUUACCAUUGUCAUCAGAACAGACUUUUGUCACUACCAGACUAACAAAUUUGCCAACAUCAUCAACACAGCAAAUGAAUCUUCCUACAAGACUUCAAACAUCAUCAUCUCAAAGUGCAUAUCAACAAAGCUUACAGCACCAACAUAUGCUACAGCAAGGUGAGCAAAAAUUGAAUCAAGCUUUGCAGCAAAUACAAGCUCAGCAGCAGCCAUUGCAACAACGAGCCCAACUCCAGACAUCCCAGCCUCAAGUAUUGCAACAAAAAGUUCAGUGGCAACAGCAGCGUAUGACGUUUGCACAGCAACAACAGGUUCAACAACAUUUACUACAAUUACAGAGAAUUCGUUUACUUCAACAGCAGCAGCAGCUGCGUAAUCGGCAAGGUUUGCCUCCUUCUCAGUUAGCACAACUACAGCAAGAGCAGCAACAGCAAAAUAUCCAGUCCCAAAAUCAACAACAACCUAAUUCGCAGGCACAUGUACAACAGCAGUCAUCGCAAACCAUUUUACAAAAGCAGUUGCCGAUAAAUUCUCAACAGAUGCUUCUUCAACAAGGAUUAACACAGCAAGGUCAGCAGUCAGUUAUGCAGCCACAACAUAUCCAAUCUGCUACUGGUACUCAAAAUGUACAGUCACAGAUGUUGCAAUUACAAGCACAGAUGCGCCAACAGCAGCAGCAGCAGCAAACAUUGUCUCAGUUGCAACAACAGUCUUUGCAAAAACAACAGUUGCAGCAGCAAUUACAGCAGCAACUUUUGAAACAGCAACAUCUUCAGCAUUUGCAGCAGCAGCAACAACAAGCUCAGUUAAAUCAACAAAGAGCUCUAACUCAAUCUCCAAAUAUGCCUCCUUCUCCCCUUCACCUUCAGCAACAGAAUAUUUUACAGCCAUCACCACGUCAGUCUCCAUUACAGCAGUCACCCCUCCAGCAUUCACCUUUGCAACAGUCUCCAUUACAGCAAUCACCUUUGCAACAUUCACCUCGUCAGCAUUCACCACAGCAGUCACAAGUACAAUCACAGCAGCCCAUUGUUCAGAUGCAACAUCAACAAUCUCCUUUACCUGGGCAGCGUCCUCAGACACCCCUUCAACAAGCAUCUUCUCAGCAGGCUCAUCAUCAGAUUUCAGUUCCUCUUUCUCCAUUGCAACAACAAAUUGCUUUGGAGAAAGCUCAACAAACUGCAGCUGAAAAACUUCAGAAAACAGAAUUGAUAAAAGCUCAGUUGCAACAAGCUGCCUUGGAAAGAGCACAGUUCCAACAAGCUGCAUUAGAAAAAGCACGAUUGCAGCAGUCUUUAGAAAAAGCACAGUUGCACCAAGUGGCUCUAGAAAAUUCUCAUUUACAGCAAAAUUUAUUACAGCGUUCUCAAUUACAGCAUGCUGCUGGGCAAACUGUACAUUUAUCUCAGGCUUCUGCUCAGCAAUUGCAACAACAAAUCCAUCAGUUGCAGUUACAAAAGUCAUCAAGUCAUCAGGCUCAGCAGUCAUCAUCUCAGUCUUUACAGCUUCAACAAGCAGGGCAACAAAAAAUUGAAAUACAAACAAAUAUGCAGCAGUCGCAGAUGCAGCAUCCUGCUUCACAAUUUUCAGUUCAGCAGGCGCAACUUCAGUCUGCCACAAAAUCUUUUCAGCAGGGAUCUGUGCAACAAUUGCAGCAACAGAAUUCAGUGCAACGCUUGCAAAUGCAACAACUAACAGUUCAGCAGUUGCAGCAACAGCAAGCAUCAUCACUCCAAAGACUACAGUUGCAGCAAGGAUCAACUAUGCAACGUUUACAAUUGCAAGGAUCACAAGCUCAACAGUUACAGCUUCAGCAGUUGCAAGGUUCAUCAAUUCACCAGCUACAUUUGCAACAAGGAAGUUCAUCACAGCAGUUACCUCAGGGAAGUGCUGCACAGCAUUUACAGUUGCAGCAUGGUAGUUCACAGCUGUCACAGAAUUCUUCUACACAACAAAUUCAGCAAGUUUCUCAACAGUUAAGAAUGCAGCAAGGAUCCCCAGCCCAACUGCAACAAGGUUCUCCUGCACAGCUGCCUCAAGGGUCUCCAGCUCAGUUGCAGCAAGGUUCUCCAGCUCAGCAGUCCAUUCAACUACCAACAGGAUCACCAUCUAGUCAACAUCUUCAGUUGCAGCAAGGAUCUCCUGCUCAGCAUUUACAGUUAUCUCAAGGGUCUCCUGCACAGCAUGGUCAGUUACAUCAAGCAUCUAACCAGCAACUGCAGCAAGUAUCUUCUCAACAAUCUCAACUACAGCAAGUGCCUUCGCAACAAAAUCAAACACAAGUGCCUUCACAUCAAAUGCAACAGCAACAAGUGUCCUCACAGCACUCACAAUUACUCCAGUCACAAAAUCAAACACAAAUACAACAGAGUGCUGCUCAACAGGCUCAAAUGCAACAGAAUUCUGCUCAACAGGUUUCACAACAAGUUGUUUCACAGCAAAAUCAAGCUCAAAAUUCGUCUCAGCAGCAAAGUUUGCAAACAUCUCAAUCCCAACAAGAUGUGUCUUCACAGUCUGUGUCAGCCCAGCAGCAGACUCUGUCACAAAUGUCAUCACAAGUAUCUUCUCCUCUUAAUCAAAUUUCCCAAUCACAGCUUCAGCAGAUUUCUUCUCAGCAAACAUCUCAGCAGUCCGAUUUGCAGCAAACUCGUUCUCAUUUACAGUUAUCUCAACAGCAGUCACAGGUUCAUCAAAUCUCUUCUCGUGAUAUUAGUCAUCUUUCAAGCUCUCUCCGUCAAGCAUCACCUAUUCAAAUGCAGUUACAUUCCCCAUCAGUGCAAGCACAACUACAAAAGGCUCAGCUUCAAAGAGCUCAGCAAAUUGCUGCCCAGCAAGCUCAGUUACAGCAGUCUUCUGGUCAGCAAGUUUUGCUUAAACAAGUAUCAUCACAGUCUCAACUUCAGGGUUCAUCUCCAGUUCAGCAAAAUUCCUCACAAAAUUCAAGUCAACCAAUUCAGUUACAGCAGACUUCAGUGCAACAAGUUCAGUUACAGCAUGUGUUACAACAAGCUCGUCUUCAGCAACUGCGCCAGCAACAAGCUCAGUUGCAGCAAUCUAUAACACAAGUGGCAAACUCAAAUUCCCAGCAAAGUCAACAAAAUAAUAGCCAGCAUCAAGUCAAUUUACAGCAAUCUCAAAUUAUGCAGUCCCAUCAAAAUCAGUUGCAGCAGAAUUCUAGCCAGUCAUCACGGCAACCAAUCCCAUCACCUCAAAGUAACAUACAAGCUCAGCUGUCCCAGAGUAAUUCUCAACCGCCUCGACUUCAGUCACCUUUGCAACAAGCACAAUUGCAACAAAUUGCAUUACAGCAAGCACAGUUACAAAAAUCUUCAUUGUCUCAAACAGUUCUACAACAAAAUCAACUGCAAACACAGCUGCAGCAGGUCCAGCUACGUCAAGCUGCUUUGCAGCAAACACGCUUGCAGCAGCCUCCUACUUCUGCACAGCAAAUUAUUCAGCAAGGGCAUAUUCCUAGGCCUCAGCAACAAUCACCUGUGCAAACACAGGUAGUAGCAAAGCAAAUCCAGUUGCAGCAAACCCCUCCUCAGACUCCUCAGCCUCCACCUUCUCCUCAAUUGCAGCAGCAAUCACGUUUUCCACAUCAGUUAUCUCCUUCUAUGCGUCCUGUUCAGAAACAGUUUCCAAAUAACUUGCCAACAUCAAAUCAAACACCUACGCAUGGUCAACCACCUGUUCAAGGGCUCCACCAACAACAAUUAUUGCAGCAACGACAACAGAUUCAGCAACAGUUAGCUUUGCAACAAUUACGCCAAAGACAACUUCAACAGCAGCAGCUUCAAAAUUCACAGCAGUCACCUCAACAAGCAGUUCAGCAAAUUUUAGCUGGGCAGCCUCCUGUUAUGAUGAAGCCUCCUCCGCAGUAUCCAUAUGAUAGGCAACAGCUACAAGGUCAACCCCGUUUACAAUAUCCUUCACAUCCUAGACAAUUAUCUCCUCAACAGCAACCAUCACAGCAUCCUCGAGCCACUUGGCAGCAAGUUCCUGGUCAACAAGCGCAAUUGCUAAGACGUUCUCCUGGAGCCAAUCCUCCACCUUCUCCUCAGUGGCAACAUGUGCAACAACCUUCUCCAAAAGAUGAGUUGUCUCCUAGUCCGCAGUCAACGUCAUCUCAGCAGCAAGCAGCAUGGCCUCAACGACAACAGUUGUCAUCUACAGAAAAUCGUGAAACUUCUACACCUGCUCCUCAAACUUCAUCUCAACAAAUUCUUUGGCAGCAAAACCAGCAACAGCAAGUUACACAAUCACGAGAUCCUAAUCAAACUUUACAGUCAUCUCAACUGGUGCAGUGGCAGCAAAUAAAACAAAUGGAAUUAAGGAGACAACAAUUACUACAACAGCAGCAACAUUUAACUAUUCAACGUCCAGCAUCCCAACCUCAGUUUUCUCCACAGUCUGAUCAGGGUGGCCAAAGUGUUCAGCGAAUGGCUGGUCCACCCCAGCAGCAUCAAACAUUAGCUGUACCUGCUCAGUAUCAGCCUCAGAAUGCACCUAGUAUUUUAUCUCAGGCAUCCCCAGGCUCUGUUGGACAUCCUGCCCAACCUGCAACUCAAGUAACUCCAAAAACAAAGACUGCUCUAGCAAAUUUGCUUAAUACCAGACUACAAACUACUGGGAGGUCAGUAGAAGGUGAAUGCAACCAAACACUUAUGAGGACAACACAAGUAAUUUCGCAACCAACCCAGACAGUAUCCCGAAGACCAAGUGCUGAUAGCAUUACUGUAAUUCAUUCACAAAACCAAAUACCAUCUGAACGAGCAGCAAUUCCAUCUAUUCCACAAGUAGUUUUCUAUGGACACGAUUUAAAAUUAAAUGUGCCUCCAGAUUUGUGCCUAUUGGGUUGUGUUUUUUGUAUUGAAGAUUAUGAUAAGUCAGUGGAAAGUGAUAAAUUAUCCAUGUGGAAAAAGAUCAUACAACAUCAUGGAGGUGAAGUAGAAAAUGCAUAUAGCAGCAAAUGUACCCAUGUGUUGUGUGAGAAUCAAAGGAAUUCUGUUGUGCAACAG